AUGACCAGCAACGACGAAUGUUUCAGUUGUGGCCAAGCUGGCCACUGGGCCAGGGAAUGCCCCACUGCUGCGAGACGGGGGCGAGGAGGACCGAGGGGCUGGGGCAGAGGGCUCCAGGUUUAUCCCGCAUCCCUGGUAGACUUCUGCUACCGCUGCGGGGAGUCCGGACACCUUGUCAAGGACUGUGAUCUGGAGGAGGACGCCUGCUAUAACUGCGGCGCAGGCGGCCACAUCGCCAAGGACUGCAAGGAGCCCAAGAGAGAGCGGCAGCAGAGCUGCUACAACUGCGGCAGACUAGGCCACCUGGCUCGAGACUGCCAGCAGGCAGAUGACCUCAAGUGCUAUUGUUGUGGCCAACCUGGCCAUAUGCAGAAAGACUGCCACAAGGUGCAGUGUUACAGGUGCGGGGAACUUGGACAUGUGGCCAUCAAUUGCAAGAAAGUAUUAGAAGUCAGCUGUUACCGCUGUGGUGAGACUGGACAUUUUGCCUGGGAAUGCACCAUUGAGGCCUCGGCCUAA